CGUUGUACAUGUACUGUACACAUACUUGUACGAGAUCGAGAGGGAGGUUCCUCAUCUUCAUUAAUACAGUUUAGAUUGCCUGUUUAAAUCGUUUCUUGUCAAAUUUUGCACUCGAGACUGACAAAAGCUCAUGCUGAACGUGAACAUUUUCCUGAAUAUCUUAUUGAAGUAUUGAGCAGUGCACAAUCUUCAUCUCUGCUGCUCUGCCUGCGCCUGUACUCUGUAGCUCUCAUCAGCGGAACGGCAGCCAAGUGAAUGGGCUACAGUAGGGGAGGAACGUUGUGCUGAUAUGGGCGAAGAGCGCGGCCUACAUACAGCACUUCGGGAUGUCAGAGAGAGUGCGACUCCAUAUUGUCUGCUGACAAAGUUUAGAGCGUCAAAUCAGUGGAUCAAAAUUGAGAUUUACUAACAAAAGGAUCCUAGACCUAGGAUUAUUUCUUUGCUGUCUGUUGUAUAGAUAGUCACCAUGAUCAAUUGAUGUUAAUUCUAAUUGUUGUUGAAAAUUGUAGAAUCUAUGAAAGGAAUUAAAAAUUAAAUUUCUAGACAAUUUUUUUGAUUUAAUUUUUUUUCUUACUCUGUGACUUUGUAGAAUUUUAAUGAGUUUAACACAACAACACGUGUGUUAGUGAAUUGUGAAAUUGUUUAUUGAAACAUAGACAUGAUAGAGAUCUGAUCACUAUAUUGGCUUGCCAUUCCCUUCGGGAAACCCAGCAUCACUCAGCUGACGUUGACUUGGAAUUAGGAAGAAAAGUUCACGUUCAUGAAUGAUAAGCCUCUAUACAUGUAAGAAGAAUGAUGGUUGAUAUCUAUGGACUGCCACCGAACACUGACACUGCGAGAUCUGAUGAGUAAAAUGUGUGGUGGACUAACAGUACUACUCGAGAGCUAUAAUAUAAACUGAUGUGAACAAACUUCUAAGCAGACCACAUUAGAACUGACGAUGAGUGGAAGUAGAGUGGACCUAAAAGUUGUGCUCCUGGGGAAGGAGUAUGGUGGAAAGACUAGUCUUGUGGAACGUUAUCUCCAUGACAGAUUUCAUGGGGAUGUGCCGUACCAAAACGUGAGUACUAUAGGAGCUGCCUUUGGAGCCAAGAAGGUUGAUGUAUAUGAUAGGACAGUCACAAUGGGUGUAUGGGAUACGGCUGGAUCCGAGAGGUAUGAGGCCAUGAGCAGGAUAUACUACAGAGGGGCGAAGGCUGCCAUCGUUUGUUAUGAUCUAACAGAUGAGCUGAGCUUUGGAAAAGCAAGAUUCUGGGUAGAAGAAUUAUUAAAAAAUGAAGAGCACUGCAAAAUCUAUUUAUGUGGGACCAAAGUUGAUCUUGUACAAGACGACAAGAGGUGUCGGAAAGUUGAUUAUCAUGUAACAACAGAUUAUGCUGAUGAAAUACGUGCCCAGGUCUUUGAAACGUCGAGUAAAACAGGACACAAUAUCAAGGAUCUCUUCUUUAAGAUAGCCAAAGAUUUUGUUGAUGAUCCAAAGAACAAUGAAAAUGGAGAAGAGACCCCAAAUACAUUGAAGCUAUCAGAAAACAGUCACAAGAAAUCCUGUCCCUGUUGACAUCACGAUAAUUCAAGGCCUUUCUACAAUCUUGAUUCAAUCAUCGAUCUUUAUUCAGACAUUUGCCAAGCGAGAAAGUGGAGCAUCCAGAUUUCUUUGCAUCUUGAUUCAGUUGGAGAGCAAUAUCAGAUGAAAAAUGACUGUGAUUAUUCAUGCAAAGCCUGCAAAGACAGAUUCUACUGAUAUUUUGACUUUUUGAUAAAAAUCAGAGGUGGCUUGAGCCAAGACCAAAUCAGCUCAACAGUAUAUGACAAAAGCAGGUACUGUGAUGGCUUAUGUGAGUGUAGUCUGCAGCUGGGGAAAUUCAGACCUGUUACUUAUAUUUGUUUUUAAUUAUUGAGGGCUUGUGUCAAAUAGACUGAGCUUAGUUAUCAGGUACAGCAUAUAAGCUAUUAACAUGUAGUCUGCAGCUUAGGUAGUUCAGACCCCAUGUAACCCAUAUGCACUCCGACUGUGGAGGGUUUGUUCAAUUGAACUUGUACCAAAUUUCAUGAGUGGCUCAGUGUCACGGAAAUAUCAUGCCACGAAAUGAGUGAAUCUCAACUGACUCUGCAUUGAUUUUUUUCUAAAGUUCAAGAAAGUUUCUUGCCGUGAAAUCACUCUCAUUUACAACCGGCUAAGAUUCAUGUCAAGAAAUUUCAGAUUUUGCAGUAUUCUGUCCCAUAUUAGCGUACCUUUGAAUGAAAAUUAUAGUUUUUAAGUAACCAUUAAUCAGUGAUUUUUAUUACCAGAAAAGAAGAUGAUUAUCCUCACUAAUCUUGCCUUGGUGAAAUGUGUUAUUAUUCUGGGUUUUAAAAAGGAAAAUAUGAAAGUAGCUUGGAGAGGAGACAAUACAAGUCAUUUUGGUCACAUUUGGUUUACUGAAUUCAUGCAUUUACUUACUUUAAUAACAAUGAUAUUAUUCUUUCCCUCCAAACUUUCUUGUUUUAUUUUAAUUUAUUUUUACUUGGGUUUUUAUUUUGACAUUGAGUCUAAAGCUUGUAUUUAAAUCCCCUCUGCACCAGUUUGGCCAGGUGGGAUUACACCACCCUGCAUGGUCACUGUAUGGUGGUUAUCUCAUCAAAUCAGCUCUCAAUUAACAUAGGAAAAGGGGACCAUGGGGGAUCAAUGGUCACGAUUAGGCAUUCUCUGCUGUAUAGAGGGUGCAAGUAGCUAUAAGUAGUGCAGUGGGGAUUUAUGAUGGUGUUAUGAAGUAUAAAUUUUGUGGUACAUAAAAUAACAAAAAUGGAACUGGAAUCAAUAUUCUUUGUAUACUGUUCAGAGUCUUCCUGUGCACGUACAAAUAUUUCUGAAAAUAUCCCAACUGAUCUAAAGAUAUUGAAUGAAAAAGAAAGAAAUUUAAAUCAGUGUAAGAAUUACUUUUUAUUUUGCUGUAGUAGAAAAGAGACUUUAUCUCUGCCAUUUGUACUUUGAAAUGCUUGCACAUGUGUCUUAUUCAUAUAUGUACAUUUGUGGAUGACCAGGGGG